UUCUUUUUGCAGGUUUAUUAUUAUUUUUUUUCUUCAUAUAGUUCUUUUUGCAAGCUUUUUCAACUCAAUGUCUUGACUUUCGCAGCUCUAUUUAAGUCACACUCUCUACCAUCUAGUGUGCAGUAUUACCUUGAGAAUCACAUAUUAGAUACACAAUUAUUGUGGGUGGUUUGGAAAUUAAUUUUGUGCUAAGUAUAUACUCUUAGAUCAGAAUGAAGAUUGAAGUUGAAGUUGUCUCCUCAGAGACCGUCAAGCCAUCUUCUCCAACCCCUAAUCACCUCCGCCAUUACCAACUCUCAUUCCUCGAUCAAAUAGCUCCCCCUGUGUUUUCACCUCUACUUCUCUUCUACCCGGCGGCGGCCAUAGACAAGUCCAACCAGCUCAAGAACUCCUUCUCGGAGGCCUUAACCCGAUUCUAUUUCCUAGCCGGCCGGGUCAUCGACAACCUCUAUGUCGACUGCAAUGAUGCCGGUGUCCCCUAUGUGGAAGCCAGAGCUGCCUGCCGGCUUUCUGAAGUCGUCCGGGAUCCAAGCCCGGGCGAGUUCCACAACUUCAUCCCAUAUGAAUUGGACGACACUAGGGACCUCCCCAUGGUCAUUCAAGUCACCAUGUUCACUUGUGGUGGCAUCGCAAUUUCUCUAGGCAUUUCUCACAAGGUUGCUGAUGCUUUGUCCUCAUUCAUCUUUCUCAAUAGCUGGUCCGCCAUUGAACGUGGUGAUAGGGACUUACCACCGUGUCCACCGUUUGACUCCGCCGUGCUCUUCCCACCUAGGAACAUAAUGGGCUUCAAAACUACCUCCGGCAUUGUGAAGGAGAAGGUAGUGGCAAAAAGGUUUGUGUUCUCUGCCUCUAAGAUAGAUGCCCUUAAAGAGAGAUACACAAGCAAAGACUACCACCCUACACGCCCAACGCGAACUGUGGCUCUAUCUGCCUUCAUCUGGAGCCGUUUCAUGGCCUCCACUCAACCCAAAACCGGUCAUGACAAGACCUACAUGGUGCAACACGCGGUGAACCUACGUCCGAGGAUUGAUCCACCAUUGCCAGAGAACUACUUUGGGAAUAUUUGCCGGCACACAAAUGCAGUACCGUCGUCCAUGGACGGUACUGAGGAUGCAGGCAUAGUGAAUUUGAUGAGAGAUUCUCUAAAGAAAAUCAAUGGGGAUUACGUGGCGAAACUCCGGGAGGGUGACAAGCACUUGGACUACCUCAAAGACCGAGCGGAGAAGUUCAACAGUGGGGAGAUUGUUUCGUUUAGCAUCACUAGUUUGUGCGGGUUUCCUACGUAUGAAGCAGAUUUCGGGUGGGGAAAGCCGAUACUGGUUGGCUUUGCUAGCUUUAAAUACAAGAAUUUGGUUUGUUUCGUGGACACGAGAUUGGGUGAUGGUAUAGAAGCAUGGGUAAACUUGAAAGAGGAGGACAUGGCCAAAUUUGAAGCUGACAAAGAGCUGCUAGCAAUGGUUUCCACAUCCUUAAAUGAUAAAACUGUUAGAAUUUGUUCAUCACUAUAAUGCGGCCUUGUAAUGGUUAAAGUAUGCAAUAGCAUCAGAAUAUUUUGACACGUAUACUCCCUUUCAAAUGAAAACUCUUGGAAGGAUACCAUGUGUCGAGUAUUCAAGGUAUUAUAUAUUUUCUCUUGUGCUUGAUUAUAUUUAUUAUGCAUUAUGUUCUUCCACGAAGAGGAAUUUAUAGAAUUAAUUGGAAGGUGA